AGCGCGACACUCAGCGAGCAGCAGCACGACUGACGGACAUUGAGCUCCAGAGCGCGCUCUCUGGCGAUCCAUCAUGGACGAUGAGUGGGCGAGCAGCAUUCCUGCCAUACCUUCUCUCCAUGGACUCGACCGAGCGAUAGCCGUCAUCCUCGUCAGCGAGAUUGGCGACAAAACUUUCCUACUCGCUGCUAUCCUUGCCAUGCGACAUCCCCGACUGACCAUCUUCUCGGGCGCACUGGGUGCUCUGGCAGUCAUGUCCGUUCUCUCCGCCUUGUUAGGCCACGUCCUACCCACGCUGCUCCCCAAACGCUACACGACCAUUGCCGCCGCGUUACUCUUUCUCGUCUUUGGGGCUAGGAUGUUACAAGAGGGCUUAGGCAUGGAGGGAGGAAACGCUUCGAUCGAGGAAGAGAUGAGGGAGGUCCAGAAGGAGAUCGAGAAUGCCGAGAGAGAGGUGGCGAGCUCGAAGCGACAGCUCACUGGCUCGCGAGGAACAGGCGAGACGAUAGAUCUACAAGAUAUGGAGGAAGGUUCCUCAUUGCGCGAACUAGACGAAGAAGCUCAGGCGAACGGGAUACCCAUCUCCUCGCCUUUGCUCAACGGACACUCGAACGGCUCGACCUCGCGCAGACCGAGUUCUCCCUCGCCACUGGGAGCGAGGCGAUCGAGACAGCCUUCGGUUUCGCUCAAGGGCAUCCUACCCGCUCGGUCGAGAGAGGCAGCAGGCGAUACGUUCAAGGAAGGCGCGAAAAAUUUGCUGUCCAUCUUCUUCAGCCCAAUCCUCGUCCAGAGCUUCGUCCUCACAUUUCUUGCCGAAUGGGGCGACCGAUCUCAGAUAACGACGAUUGCGCUCGGUGCUGCUCAUAACGUUGGCAUUGUGAGCUUAGGGACGAUAAUCGGGCAUUCGAUCUGUACUGCCGUCGCAGUCUUGGGCGGUCGAUGGAUUGCCAACCGCAUCUCCGUCAAGCAUGUAACACUGGGAGGAGCAGGGCUGUUCCUGAUCUUUGGACUGGUCUACACGUACGAAGCAGUCUACUGGUCGCAAGAGCCAAUAGCCUCGCCAGGCCUGAUCAACGACAUUACGCCCGCUAGUCUCGAGGCAUAGCAUACACUUGUACAGAUAGACAAAACAUUUGCACGACCCAGUACGAG